ACGCCAUUCACAUUAUUUCCACAUUUUUUGCAUAAACUAAGAUUGUUUAUAUACUUAUCUUGGUUGUUGACGCAUCGCAAACGUCAUCACACAGAUCGCCGCAGAAAAUAACAAAAAAAAAAAGAAAACAAAAACACGAGGAUUUGCACAAACUGCACUCUUUUCCGAGCUUAGAAAAAUAUCGCCAAUGGGGCAGCUAGAAUUUCAAGCGAUUGUCCUGGCCGCCGGAAAGGGAACCCGGCUGCCCGAAAUUUUAGAAGGACGACCGAAAUGUUUGCUCCCGAUUGGACCCUUCCCAAUGAUCUGGUACCCUUUGCAGCUCCUGCAACGACACGGUUUCACCGAGGUCAUCGUCGUGGUGCAGGAGUCGGAAAAAUCGGAAAUACAGCAACGCUUGGAACGGUUGCAGUUGAAGCUAAAGCUGGACUACUACUCCAUACCAACGGAUUCGGAAUGCGGAACUGCCGAUUCCCUGCGGCUUGUAUCGGACAAGAUUAAAUCCGAUGUGGUGGUACUGUCGUGCGAUUCCAUCAUCGAAAUCAACCUGUACCCGCUGCUGUCCAAGUUCCGGGAAAAAGAUGCCUCCGUACAGCUGCUGCUGCUCGAAAGUGGCAAAGACCAGGACGUUGUGAUGCCGGGGCCGAAAUCGAAGUACAAAGCGGAAAAGGAUAUCAUUGGCUACGACAAAGCUACCAGCAGGGUGCUGUUCAUGGCGUCGGCGAGCGAUUUCGAGGAAACCGUUAAACUGUCCGGCCAUCUGUUGCGGGAAAAUCCGGACAUGAUCAUCUCCUCCAGCAUGCUCGAUGCGCACGUGUACAUCAUGAAGAAGUGGGUGGUGGAGUAUCUGGCCGUGACCGAGCUGCUGUCCGCGGUGAAGGGCGAACUGUUGCCGCACAUCAUCAAGAAGCAGCUGCUCCAACCGCCCGCCGUGCCGGAAAACGAUGGCGCCUCGGAGUACACUGCCAAGCCGAAGGUGGACGACAUCUUUCAGUUUGCUGUGUACACGGAAAUGGAUAAGAAGAUCGAUAAAGCAUCGGUUUUCAACAAGGAAGAGAAAGCAACUUCUCACCCGAUACGCUGCUAUGCUUACUUUGCCGACUCGAAAGCAUUCGGAUUGAGAGUAAAUAACGUUCGUUCGUUUUUGUCAUGUAAUUUGAAGAUUUUUGAAAUUUUCCCCGCUUUGACUGGGUUUACUGAGCGUGAGCUGGUGUCACAAAGCAGCUCGAUCAAAUCCACGCAAAUAACAAAAUGUGCCGUCGGCGAUAUGACCACCAUCAGUGAAAAGACGUCCCUCAACCAGAACGUGAUUGCGAACGGUUGCACGGUUCAGCCGAAAACGCGUAUUAACAAUAGCGUACUUAUGGAUGGCGUCACAGUGGAAGAAACUGUUGUCAUCGAUAACUGCAUAGUUGGCGAAAAGGCGGUGAUUAAGAGUGGAUCAGUGCUAAAGAAUUGCAUCAUCGGGCCACACUUUGUCGUUGCAGCUGGUACGAAGAAGGAGAGCGUGUAUCUUUCAAACGCCGACGGUUUCAUGACGAUUGACUAGAGUGGAAGUGGUGGUAGCUCUUGUUGGCUUCGCCUCCUUACAAAUACACAAAACAUCAAGCGAUGCAGUAAA